UACGAUAUGUGAUUGGUCUUGUUGGUUACGUUGUUUGUACACGUGUUGUAUGGCUAAAAUACCGAUUGGUCAAGACAACACAAUUUCAUUUGGGAGACGUAGUUGUGUUCCGUGUCAACGAAAAUAGUAGCUGGCUAGCUACUCUAGCACUUGGCCACCACAUAACUUUGGCUAAAAAAAACUUUAUUCCAGUAGCUCGCUUCCCUUUAUUGUAUACGUUAUUUACCCCCAAAAGCAUGCUGUUUUUAGCAGAAUAACGAAUUGGAGUUUACGUGCUAUCAGUGUAUCUGAACUUUUGAGGAGAAGAAUUUCAGCUAGCAAGCUGCAGCUGGCUAACGCGUUAGCAUAACUUGAUCGCUUGCUUGGCAUUCGAGAUCUAAAUAGUCGGCGAUACCUGCAUUUAUUCAUUUAUUUGAGGUGUCGUGAACCACUUUCUCAUCGAUCAAGCAUAAGCUACAAGCAUUUAUUAGUUGCUAGCUACCGUUGCUAUUUAGACGAGGAUCACAGAGUUAGCUAGCCCCAGUCACCUGAAUACUAAUAUUCUUCGGAAGACAUGAACUCCAAUGUAGAGAACUUACCGCCCCAGGUUCUGCGCCUGGUGUACAAAGAGGUGUCUGCACUAGCUGCAGAUCCCCCUGAGGGCAUCAAGAUCUACCCCAGCGAAGAAGACAUCACAGAACUCCAUACAGCCAUCGAGGGACCAGAAGGAACCCCGUUUGCCGGGGGUGUUUUCCGGAUGCGCCUGGUCCUGGGGAAGGACUUCCCUGCUGCACCACCGAAGGGCUACUUCUUAACCAAGAUCUUCCACCCUAAUGUGGGCCACAAGGGAGAGAUCUGUGUCAACGUCCUGAAGAGGGACUGGAGGGCAGAGCUGGGACUCAGACAUGUAUUACUGACUAUCAAGUGCCUUAUGAUCCAUCCCAACCCUGAGUCGGCUCUCAACGAGGAGGCGGGGCGUCUGCUCCUGGAGGACUAUACAGAGUAUGCAUCCCGUGCUCGCCUUCUGACUGAGAUCCAUGCCAUGGGGGGGCACGGGGGGGCGUCGGGGGUGCCCCAGGACCCCGCCGAUGGCCCCCAGCCCAAAAAACACGCAGGGGACCCUACCAAGAGGGCGAUGGGGCCAGGGGUUGCCCCCUCUGCUGCUCUGGGUAACGGAGCCAAUGGAAGCAGUACUACCUCCAGCAGUAGUAGUAGCAAUAGUAAUGUUGUAGGGAAGAAGAAAACUGAUAAAAAGCGAGCGUUGAGACGACUCUAAUGCUGUUUGGAGUCUUCUCUCUCUCUGUGUGUGUGUGUGUGUGUAUACUGAAUAUUGCCCCCCUCUCCCAGACUCUUUCUAUCCCCCUGACUCUACUGUCCCUUUUGUACUCAUUGCAUCUUGUAUCCCUGUUCAUUCCUUGUUGCCAUAUAUUCUCCCAAUCCCCUGUGGAUAAAUCUAUUUGCAUUCAAUUACUUUUUGACAGCACCCCUUUUUAAUUUGAAUGAAACCUUCCAUACAUAUUUGUCUGUUGUAGAAGUGCUCAGAAAGUGAAUUUUUGGACCUCAAUGUCAAAACAAAAGAUAAAGGUGCUCAAAUUUUACCCCUUUUGCGAACCACACAAUGAGACAUCCAUGUCUACAUCACUGGAAAAUAUAAACGGUUGAGAUUUGAUAUAUUUUAAAAGCUUGCAAACAGGGUUGUCAGACUAUUUAGUGAUUUCUUGGUAGGGUGGGGUAUGCAAAAUAGGUCAACUUUGAGAACCUUUAUCUCCUGAAUGUUUUGGGCAUUUAGGUCCAGAAAGUCUCUUUCUGACCACUUCUUCCAUGGGAAAACAUGUCUGGAACGUUUUGUUUAAAACAAAAGGGAUGUUGUGAAAAAGUGACUGAAUUCAAAUGGGUUCACCGGUGUGUGUGUGUGUGUGUGUGUGUUCUCUCCAUGGUUCCUCACUGUCAUGAUCUGAGAAAGGCUUUAUUGUGUUUCAUACACAGCACUAGUGAUUGUGUGUGUCAUAUAGUAGCUAGACUGUUUGAGCUUCAGUCUGACUCAUCUCCCCCAUCUGAAAUUAGGCUUCUUUCUGUUCAGUGUUCACUAAACAAAAUGUCUUGGAUAUUUUGCAAAAACAGAAAGCCUCUUUCUUUCCCCACCCCCUUCUUGACAUGGCUCCUGUUGCUGAAAUGGUACUGUGUACUGCCCAGCUAGCCUCGUGUUGGGAAACUGGUGAGAUGUUUUGUCACGUCUGAGUUGAGUUACCUUAUACGAGAUCAGGUUGUUGGACGGGAGUAAGGGUGGAGGACUUAUUCGAUUAUGCAAUAUUUUUUGAUUCCUAGAGUGAAACAAAACAUGACGAGAUGGUCAUUCAUUGGGUAGUCAAAUGAGGAAGCAGCAAUGAGCAGUUUUCCUAGAAAAUGUUUGUCUAGUCGUGGUUGACAUGAGAUGGACACGAAGGGAGCAACAUUUGGUCUGAUUAUUACUUUAAAAAAUGAUUUCGCUCUUAUUUCUUUUGUAAAUGUUUAUCCCCAUGUAUGACUAUUCUGUUUUUGCAUUUUUACAAAAUUGUCAUUGUUUAUUCAUUGUCCAGUAUUUGCCAGAGUGGUUUUAAAGUGACAUGCCUAUAUUCAGAUGUCUUGGUGCGUGUAUGAAGUAGGUUAUUGUCCAUACAGGAUUAGGUUAGGGUGCAGGAUUGUGCAUAUCAUUGAUUAUUAAUUAUAUCCCAUGUAUAAUUAUGGAUAUUUAUUUAUAUGGUCAUAGCUGCACAUCUGGUCUUUAGUACUAAUUUGCCAAUAGUGUACUUGUGAACCUUCAUUGUUAAACGUUUUUCAUUUGAUUUGUAUGGAUCAAAAACCUGCUCUGGUCGUAUGCACUAUCCAGCUCCUAUCCUGUUCCCAUAUGGGCCAGAUUUGGGGGAAAAAAACAAUGUAUUUGUCAAUAGGGAAGCCUCAACAGAUUUGAUAGAAAGGAACUCCCCAGUCGAUGAUCUCCUCUGGCUGGGUUUCCUGGGCAUGUUUUCUCCCUCCGAUCUAAAUGCAUGUUGGCGCCUACAUUUCCCAGGGAAACAAUCAACAGUUGUCUUUUACUUCGGUGGGAGAAGGUGUUUGCGAAACUUAACGGGUGGGUAUUUUUGUGUCCGUUUUAAGUUAUUUAAAUUAAUAAAUUAGAAAAAUUUGGGGAAACAAUGUGUAAUUUAGUUCUUUCUUCAGUGUUGGUAAGAUAUUGAACAUAUUAUGGUGUGAAUUGCUUUCUGUGGUACAGUAGUAUAAUGACGGAAAGGAGAUAUCAGAUUUUUCGAGAGCCCUGAAUGUAGGUCGUCUAUCUGGGGCAUAUUUCAUAGUAAAAUACAGGAUUCACUUCCUCUUCAUCUGUAAAGGUCUGAGUACAUGGGAUGGGUGAAAAAGCAACAGGGGAGACGAGUCGAAGGAGGGAGCCACUACACUUUUGAGCUCCACCCAUUGUCAUGAAUUCCAUACACACAUGUUUAGUCUAGUGGAAUGUGCCCACCCAGCAAGCAGGCUGUCAGUUGACGUAUGUAAUGAAGGGCUCCUUCCUCUGGCUUGGCUGCAGUGAGCAGCAUGUAGAGCAACCAGCUACCCAUCUGGGUGGAAAUAUCUGCCUCAUCCUGGUAGUUGCCCCCAGACACCUGGGUGUUGGGCCGGAGGUGAUGCCAGGAAACCCCCCCCAUAGAAAGGUUUUUCACCUUCUAGUCCCCAUCAGUGGAAAGGUUGAUUCAACUGUCUAUCGGAGUACCCUACCACCUUGACGAUUAUGGGGAUAGAACGUAUGGAGUGGCUGCGGAUCCAACUUUUCUGGCCCCAUCUUCCCAACAGCUGAAGGUCCCGAAGCUUUUGCUCAUGUGAAAUUCUCUACUUUACACACAGUCUUGGCUUUACUCAUAAAGAGGCUCAUAAACAGGCUACUGUUGCGACUGGUGCUCAUUUAGUUAGAUCAAAGCUGAAACAAUGUCUGCAAAAACACUAAUACUGGUCUAUAUAACAGAACCAAAAAGAGUAUCAUACUAUGUUACUGUGUAAUUUCUUCUGAGAUUUUAGGAUGAUUGUACAAAUGGUCACAUUUUUCUCCAACACAACAUCAUGCUCCAUUAGGCAAAAUAUUUUAUUUUGAACUAAGCACAGCUAGGCUAUGCUACAGUUUGUUAACUCCAUCUGCUUGUUAACACAUUCGCUCACUACAUAAUAAAACAACACUGUAGGGUACUUUGUGACUGCACUGUAGGGUAAUUCGUGACUACACUAACUCAUUAAGAUCUAAAUCUGCAUAUCCCCCUGAAACAGACCAUAUGUUUGGUAUGCAGAUGCUUUAUGGAUGUUUCACCGGUAAUACUUAAGUUAUCAUUCACAAUUGAUAGAAAUGUGAAGGGAGGUUCUCUAGGAGUAGAUCAGAGACUGUAAAGUACAGAUUCUUGCACAUGCACAAAAGCUUCGGGACCUUUAACUGUCGGGAAGAGAGGUCCAGAAAAGUCUUAUCGACAGCCACUGCUCAGAAAAUGGGUGUGUUCGGGCAGUAAGCGUAACGAAGCCGACUAGACAAAAGUCUUCGGGUGAAGUCUGGGGAGGUGCAUCUGCAACAGCCGAAAGUUGGACACUAGUGGUUUUCCAACAGCAAGGCUCAGAUCAACAUGGCAGUGUCAACAUAGUUGCUGUUUGCAAAAGUUUUUCAGAAUAAAUGUAAAAGUUUAUCGCACAUUCACAAGCUGCAUCCUUAAUGUGUGUACAUUUAAAUGAUUAGAAAGUCUCAUAUCGCAGGUGUUGAGAAGCAACUGCGGCGGCGACUUCAGAAACUGCAUGACCUUUGAUCACCUGAUUUUUGUGAGGUUCAUGCAGUCAACAUGUAGGCGCAAGGUGGUCAAUUUUUAUAAAUAUAAUGCAACACACUUUAAAUGGUAGUGACCAACGAUGGUCACGAUUUGGCAAAAGUGAUCCACUUGAAUGUGCCCAACUUUACAUACAUCAUGUGAUCAAAGGUCAUGAAGGUUUGACUGCAGUCGACAGUACUUUUCUGCAGGUGCUCUUCACCAACUCCAUCCUGCAGCCAUCACCUGCAUUGUGGGAGGCUCUAUUGUCAACCAAUCAUUAGGUUAUUUUAUAUGACCCACACCGAUGUGACCAAAGACAUGACUGAAACAGGAACCAACUUUGCCGCAAUUCAUGUAUACAGUGGAUAUGUACAAAUGAAUGUGAUAUUUGAGGCUCUCCUUUGCCAAUUGAUAGUAAAAUGUACACACAUAGUGGCAAGAAAAAGUAUGUGAACCCUUUGGAAUUACCUGGAUUUCUGCAUAAAUUGGUCAUAAAAUUUCACAACAAUAAACAAACACAAUCUCCUUAAACUAAUAGCACACAA